ACGUUGGGCACUCUCCAGGGCAGCAAAGCCUCGUGAAGCUGCUAGAGAUCCUCUUGGUUGAGGGCAGCAGCAAGGGCUGCGCUGCGCCGGCGCGGCGCUCAGAGUCGGCGGGAGCCACGUGGGAGCGGUGUUCAGCAUGCUGCGCCGGGAGGCCCGCCUUCGCCGCGAGUACCUGUACCGCAAGGCCCGCGAGGAGGCGCAGCGCGCCGCGCACGAGCGGAAGGAGAAGCUGCGGCGCGCGCUCGAAGAGAACCGCCUGAUUCCCACCGAGUUGCGCCGGGAGGCUCUAGCGCUGCAGGGCUCGCUGGAGUUUGACGAUGCUGGUGGUGAAGGUGUGACCAACCACGUGGAUGACGAAUAUCGAUGGGCAGGGGUCGAGGAUCCCAAGAUCAUGAUCACUACCUCCCGUGACCCCAGUUCACGCCUCAAGAUGUUUGCAAAGGAGCUGAAGUUGAUUUUCCCAGGAGCCCAGCGCAUGAACCGUGGCCGACAUGAGGUAGGGGCAUUGGUGCGAGCCUGCAAAGCUAAUGGGGUCACCGACCUGCUGGUUGUCCAUGAGCAUCGAGGCACACCUGUGGGGUUCAUCGUUAGCCACCUGCCCUUCGGCCCCACUGCUUACUUCACACUGUGCAAUGUGGUCAUGCGGCAUGACAUCCCCGACCUGGGCACUGUGUCAGAGGCCAAGCCUCAUCUCAUCAUGCAUGGCUUCUCUUCCCGCCUGGGCAAGCGGGUCUCUGACAUACUCCGUUACCUCUUCCCUGUGCCCAAAGAUGACAGCCACCGGGUUAUCACAUUUGCGAACCAAGAUGACUACAUUUCCUUCCGGCACCACGUGUACAGGAAGACUGACCACCGCAACGUGGAGCUGACCGAAGUCGGGCCUCGCUUUGAGCUCAAGUUGUACAUGAUCCGCCUGGGCACCCUGGAACAGGAGGCCACAGCAGACGUGGAGUGGCGCUGGCAUCCCUACACCAACACCGCACGCAAGCGGGUCUUCCUGAGUGCCCAGUGAGCCUCCUGCUGGUCAGGACGUGGACCCGGACCCAGGACUGAAGGGGUUAGAAUAAAGUCUGUGUGCCACACCA